AGUAAUAAAAUGUUACCAAUUUUAUUGUUAAUUAGUUUCGCAGCUUUGGCAUAUUCUGAUUUGGCUCAGUUGGUGAAGCCAUGCAAUAGAACAGGUGAUAUAAAUGCAUGUCUUUUAAAUAAUCUGGAAUCGGCCAAAGAGGAUAUCAUAAAUGGAAUACCAGAGCUGAUGAUACCAAAUCUUAAAGUUAUAUUUAUUACCCAUUCCUCUAUAAAUAUAACCAAUCUUAAAAUUGAUUUAUGGAAUUUUAACAUCACCGGACUCGAAAAAUUCGUAAUAAAAAGCAUCGACACUGAUUUAAAUAACAGAAUCAUCAAGGUUACUAUAAUGCUACCUUACUUGGAUGGAAUAGGGUCAUAUAAAAUCAAAGGAAACUUGUUCAAUUUAAAUCUCGAUAGCAUGGGUGAAUUGACAGGAAAUGCUACUAAUUCCAUUCUACAUUACACUUUAAGGUUAACAGUGGCUGAAAGGAACCGUGAUUUCCAUUUGAUGAGGGAGAGUCAAGAGUUCAAAAUUAACAUGAAAAGUGGGGUGUUUUAUUGCCAUUUUGAUAAUCUGUAUUUAGGAAGCAAUGAAUUAACGGAAACGAUGAAUAGGAUUAUAAAUCAUAACAGCUACUACAUGUUCGAAAUGCUGAUUCCGUUUCUAGAAAACAUAUUGGAUGAUAUAGUAGGAAACGCAAUCGAUUUAGUUUUUGCAAGAUACUCAUUCGACGAAAUGUUUCCUUAAAGCGAAAAUUCAAAAUCACACAUUUUUAUAUUUUAUUUUAUAGAUAUUUUUGUUAUCAACAA